AUGUACUCGGUCAUCCGUGUCUUCUGCAAAGCAAAACUUCCAGAUGAUGCCAAAUUACGUUUACUCUAUUGUAGCUUACUAAGUCUAUGGGCAGUUGUCAAAGCUUUCUAUACAAUGGUGUUCGCCUUGGACACCACCAUCGGUCCGGAAGGCCAUAUGCAACCUAUUUUGAAUGGCAUAGAGAAUUGGAAAAUCGUAUGGAACUGCCGUCUGAACAACGGUGACGACGACGUGUUCGACGUGCCUCUUGCUGACAGUGUUGCGGGCACUUACAGAUCCAGCGCUCGAUCAGGCGGGAAAUGUCUAGGUUUUUGGAGGUACGCUGCAGAGUACUGGCUCUUGGCUCGUAUUCUCCUCAUGAGAAAAGCAUCUGUUGGAUCCGGAGAUCGGUCUGCCCGAAAUCCGCUUUCAAACACAAAUAUCGACCUCAGUUGGGUCUUUUGUUCUUCUCCCUUUGACCGGUACGAUCAGAAUGCAUUUCCAAGGCUGGUCAAAUUCCUGCAGCGAGAACAGCGAUUUGAAAAUAGCAUGAACCAAUACUCGCUCUAA